UGAAACUCACUGCCAAUCGCCUAUCGAGACACCAGCUGUAAUCUAAUUAUCUCUAUCUAUUGUUUAAAUGUUAAAUUUUUAGCAUAGUUGUAUAUAAUUUAUAACAUAAUGACUUCUGCAAUAAUGCACAAUUCUUCCAAUACUUUAACACAGUAGAGUAAAGCUCUACUUGCUUUUCGCUCGCAUCGGUUUUGAGGGUGUGUCUGCCCAUAUUUGGUCUAUUUUGAUAGUUAAACAAUAACAAAACUCAUUGCUGACUAAGCGGCGAAAGCGGAGUGCAACAAAGUCCAUCGACAAUCACCACAUAAUCACAGAGUUUAAAAUGGAUACCACAACGACGGUGUCGAGGGCGUCUGCACGUAUGAUGCCACCCGAAGAGCUGGCGAUGCAGUCGCUGACCAAACAAAUCUUCAAGUCGCGACUUUUUCGCGGCUAUUACCUGGGACGCUGUUUUGUGGAGCAGAUCGGGGACUAUAGAGACGUUAUAGCCCUGCAACGCAGCGAACGGGAGCUGGAGAAACUCCUGCUCACCAGUGCAGGACAACUGCAGAUGUUCUACCAGCGCUUUGUGCCAAAUAUGUGGGUGGGCAUAUCAAAUGGUAGCAUGAGAAACUACAAGCACACACAACAUCCUGGCCAGCUAGACACCUGCAUUUGGGCGGAGCUGAACGACUUGGCCUUCGGUGAAUAUUGGUUCAGUAUCAGAACGCUGCGGUUUCGGGACCAGGAAGUGCUGCUAAAGCUGAAGACUGUGCGAGCCGUUGAACCAGAGCUAAUGGCAACGCCAAGAAGAUCCAUCUCUAUGAACAGGACCACGGCAAGCAAUGCCAUAACAGUAGCAGGCGAUAGUUUGACCACAAAGAGCGAUGUGACCGAUCAGCCUCCUGCACUGGGAUUGGCCGAUUUCUUGGAUGUGCUGCGGCAGUGGGGCGAAGGCAUCAAACAGACCACCUACGAUUUUAUGGCCAACGAUGUAAACAAAAACAACAUCAUGGGCACAAUACGCUUCCUGGGUUUACUCCUCUUCUCAAUGGGGGGCGGAGCUAUUGCAGCCUUGCGGUUCUUGGGAAUCUUCGCCGUGAGAUUCCUCUUCGAGCUAAGCCGGCUAACGCACACCCUUACGCCCAUUCUGUUCCAAAUCCUAGAGUUUUUGAACAAGAUUGUGGGUGCCUUUUUCAUACUGUUAACCAUGAUAUGGAAGGAUAUCAUGAACCGUGGUCAGCCACCAGCCCCCAAGCAGCCGCUGGAAGGAAGUUCCCGCUUCAAGAGCAUCACCUACGAGCGUAGCGAUAGGCGGCGUUGGCAAUGAUCCUCCAGUUGAUAGAAAAAGUGAAAUGGUGGAAUGUCUUGUAUGUAGGGUAAUAUGUAAGGUGGAAGAGAUUCAAAUUGCAAUUGUGUUACUAGCGUUAAGCAACCAGAAGCCCCACUCAGAUCGAUUCGAUUAAGUAGAAAUUUGAUUUCAGAUUUUAAGCCAAAAUGCAAUAUGUUAAAUUAUUCGAAAACCUUGUUAAAUUUUAACCCGUUUAGUGUUUAGUCGUCGUCUAUUUAUGUAUUGAAAUUAAAACUUUUUGUAAAUUAAAUGCACCGAGAAAAUGAAACAAUGGGACUUU